UACAAAAGCAGAGGACUACAACACAUAUGCUUUGCUUUCGCCAGUUUUUACAGCCAUGCAUCACUUAUUUAGUAUGUGUCUCUAUAUCUCUAUGUAUUCCUAUGUCUAAUCCGUGGAUCUCCACCGUCCAAUAUGUCCAAUGACCCAAAAACCUCGUUCCCAUCAAGUGGUUUCUUUCUCAUUAUAAAUGCGACACACACAACCUCUCAUUCUCAUGCAACACCAUAACCCAAAACAACUAGUACCACAAGCGAAGCUGCUGCGUGCUUGCGUCAACUUUUGAGACUUUUUACGUGAUGGGUUCAGCUGGUUACACCAAGCAGAGGAAAUCACAUUCUUCCUUCUCCAUUUUCAGCAUAUUCGCAUCGUGUUGUUCGAACGGAGCCGAUGACAUGAGUGAAGACGGCAUGUAUGGUAGAAGGAUAUGGCGUAGUGAUGAAGAUGGAAGACGAUGGACCGCUGAACCGGGAAUCGACCGCAAAGCUUCUGCCUUCAUCGACAGAUUCAGAACUCGAGUUUCUGACCCUGAGCGUCAAACUCUUUCUGUUUAGCUGUAUUUCCUUUUAUUGCUAUUAUAUUGGGUUUGGGAGAUAAUAAGGGUUCUUAUAUUAGUCUCGAUAAAAUUUUUUGAA